UCAUGAACUCUCUACCAGGAAACUUCAUAUUUAAGUGGCAGUAACCUCCCUCUCGGUGUUGUGUCAGCUGGGUGCGUGCUGAGGUCAAAGACUGCUGCUGCUGCUGCGAUUGGGAUUAUUAACAUGUAUUUUAUGGAGAAAGGAUUCCCCAAACUAUUUCCGCUCCUUGCUGCCACAGAAUGACUCGCUGUGAUUGACGGACCAUGGAGAUCCAAAAGAGGCUUUCCUCGUGCUGGCAGAGUUUUUUGGCGUGCUUUAAAAAACCGAACCAGUCUGGAGAUAAUACCAGGCGUGUGGAGAAACCUGCUACGGUUAUUUCAAAUCCCGGUGCUGUUUUAAACACACAGCCGCACGUUCCUUCCAAGAAACCCUUACCGCGGUCUCCAGCGGGGAAAACAGGAGUUUAUUACAUCGCCAAGUAUGACUACUCCGCUCGGACUGAGGAGGACCUGAGCUUUCACACCGGGGACACUUUAGAGGCUCUGGAUAAAAGUGCGGGGGAGUGGUGGUUUGCUAAAGCCCUCACCGGGGUCUCUGCUAAUCAGCAGGGGUACAUCCCGGCUAAUUAUGUGGCACCUCUGGAGAGUAUCGAUGCAGAACCAUGGUAUUUCCCCAAGACCAAGAGGCUGGAUGCAGAGAAGAUGCUGUUGGCAGGAGGGAACCAGCACGGCGCCUUCCUCAUCAGAAACUGUGAAAGUCAGGAAGGGGAGCUCUCCCUCUCAGUGCUGGACGGUGGGAGGGUGAAGCAUUACAAGCUGAAAAAACUGGAGAAUGGCGACUACUACGUGUCCAGGACCAGAACUUUUCAAACAUUGAUGGAGUUGGUGGAACAUUACUCCAAACAGGCCGAUGGCCUCUGUGUCCGUCUGGGUGAACCAUGCAAAAAGAUGGAGGCUCCCCAGACUCACGGACUCUCCUACAACACUGUGGACCAAUGGGAGAUUGACCGAAGCUCCAUCAGGUUGCUGAGGAAGCUUGGAGCCGGUCAGUUUGGAGAAGUGUAUGAGGGCCUGUGGAACGAAACCACAGCAGUGGCAGUGAAGACCCUCAAACCCGGUACUAUGGAUGCCGAAGAUUUCCUGAGAGAAGCUCAGAUUAUGAAGCGGCUACGGCAUGCCAAACUGAUCCAGCUGUACGCUGUGUGCACCAUGGAGGAGCCCAUUUACAUCAUCACAGAGCUGAUGAAGAACGGCAGCCUGCUGGAAUACCUCACGAAGGAUAAGGGUAUCACGCUGGGGAUCUCUGACCAGAUCGAGAUGGCUGCUCAAGUCGCAUCCGGAAUGGCGUUCCUGGAGUUACAGAACUACAUCCACAGAGACCUUGCAGCCAGGAACGUCCUGGUGGGCGAGAACAACAUCUGCAAGGUGGCCGACUUUGGCCUUGCCAGGGUCUUCAUGAAAGAGAAUGAAAAUGUGUACGAAGCCAAAGAAGGAACUAAAUUCCCUGUGAAGUGGACCGCUCCGGAGGCCAUUCACGACAACAAGUUCAGCAUCAAAUCAGAUGUUUGGUCCUUUGGAAUUCUGCUGUAUGAGAUCAUGACGUUUGGACAGAUGCCUUACCCAGGCAUGACAAACUACCAGGUGGUUCAGAGGGUUCCCCAGGGCUACAGGAUGACGAGCCCUCCCAACUGCCCCAAAGUCAUGUACGACAUUAUGAUGGACUGCUGGAAGGCGAACGAACAGGACCGGCCCACAUUCGAGACCCUGCAGUGGAAGCUGGAGGACUUCUUCGAUCUGGACGUGACGUCUUACGACGACGCCGGCCGUUAUUAGCACGCUGACCAGGCUGUGAAAGAAAGAGACAAAAAAAAGCUGUCUGCAUUGAAGCUAAAUCACAAUCACCUGCAUCCAAACGUUAACAUAUAACAAGGUUUUAUAAAGUAAUGCAUUGAAAUGUGAUUUAUAAUUCCACUCAUUGCAGUCAAAUGAAGGAUCUGAAAUGUUUGAUCUGCAUGACUGUAUCUGACAUGCAGUGAGGAAGCUUUUUCUGCAGCAACAGUUGCGAGACCCCCGGUCUCGCUUUGUUCGACAACUGAAUGCACUUUCAGACAAGCUUUAUACGUGUCUUGCUCAACUCCUUCAACGUACUUGACUGGAAGAGGCCUCUCUCAGCAGAGACAGAAAGCUGCUAUCUGUCCAUCUUGACAAACCGGUUCUUCUGUCUCUCAGCAUAGCACACAUUCUUUCCAUUAGCAGAAGGUACCUGAGAGGAUUUAUGAGUCACUCACAAGCUCAGUCUGUUUGGCUUUGUCAUUCGGAAGACAGAGCGAGUGGCAGGUGCCAUCACCUCCGCCCAUUCCUGAUUGAGUAUGUACCCAGUUUUUCAAAGUUUUAACGUUGUUCAAAGGUAGGUGACUGUGUUUGGCUCGAGCAGCCAGACGAACCCACUAAAAGAAAGAACAGUAUAUUCCCUUGAACAAAAUGCUUGCAUCAAAAUUGUUUCACUCUUAAGUCCACACCCUUUUCCCAUUGUGCCACUGUAAUGUUUGCUACAAAAGAUCUAAAAACAAACACUCACGGUCUGGUAUGUGUGGAGGCUCCCAGGUGUCCAGGAAACAAAUUUGAAAAAUCAGGUUCUCAAAUUGCCCAAUUUGUGCUUGAAAAUGAAUGCACAUAAAUGGCUGGAACAAAACAUUAAAUUAUAAUAACAUUUUCAACAAAUGUGUAUUUUUCAAAUGAUAUUUUAUUGCAUUUUACAUUU